AACAACCAGGCGCGACACUCGACCUUUAUCUCUUGACCCCCACCAAUCAACAAGUCGUCUCGGCCUGCUCGGCCUCAAGUGGGAACAGAAAAAGUAAUUCACGCCAUCGUCUGCCCUCGCCCUCCUCACUCGAGCGUUGCCUGACGACAAGAGAAGACAGACGAGCUAGCUACCAGCCUGCUCGUCAUCCUCGCUGGAGUGUCUUGAUGAAGUCCGCCAUGAUGAUUUUGUUUGUUUCCUGUGUUGCUGCUGUGCUGUCUUUGCCGGCGGUUCUCAGCGCCCCCACAACUGUCUACGUCACGUGGGACAGCAACACCAACGAGUUCACCCCGUCUAUGACAAAGGGGGAUAAUAUCGCUGCUGAAGGAACGUUCGAGAACACCAUCAACAGCACGGGCUAACUGACCGCAACACCAACGAGGGCUUCUGCCCUAAGCCAUACUCAGAGCUGUGCCUGAGACUAAAGAAGUUCCUCGACGACAACAUUGCUUAUGCCAAGGAUAACUUUCAUAACCCUGACUCGUUCUGGUACCAGUUCUACCUGUACCUGGUACAGAUCAUGGGUAUACAGGACGCCUUCGAGAACCAAGGUCAAGUUUCAUACAGCCGCCACGAGAAGGAGGUUGACAUCCACACUUUCGGAAUUGUUUAUCUGAUGCAGGUCGGAGGUGACAUCGAGGACCUGAUGGAAGCCCUCAAGGACCCCUCUGAAAGGACCGACAAGAUCUCCGCUCCAGGACCCGGCCACUGUUCUGGCCUCAUCAAACUGACCGAAGGCUAUCAGGAACUCUUCUCCUCACAAGUCACGUGGUCUCAUCUGAACACCAUGCUGCGUGUGCUGAAAAUGUAUGAGCUCAACUUCAGGGUCAACGCCACCUCAGAAGAGAAAAUCCCAGGUUAUCAACAGGGUUUUUCUUCGUACCCUGCGGUGACCAGCUCAGGCGAUGACUUCUACGUGCUGAGUUCUGGCCUGAUGUCUCUGGAGACAACUAUCGGCAACUACAACGACAACCUCUGGAAGUUUGUGACCCCAGAGGCUGUGCUUGAGGCAGCAAGGGUCACUGUUGCCAACAGACUUGCUGUAACUUCCAAGGGCUGGACGGAUAUCUUCGCGGCGCGCAACAGCGGCACCUACAACAAUCAAUACGUGAUCGUCGACUACAAAAUGUUCGUCCCCGGCGGCACGCAGGCGCCCCCUGGCAUGGUCUACGUCACAGAACAGAUCCCUGGGCUCGUGGCUUCCGAGGAUGUCACAGAGAGGCUCUACUCAGAUGGCUUCUUCGGCAGUUACAACAUUGCCUACAACGACGUGAUUUGGAAAGAGGCAGGCUUCGGAGAUCUGGUGGAGAAGUGGGGAGACUGGUGGGACUACGAGGAACAUCCCAGAGCCAAGAUUUACAGACGUGACCACGGCAAGGUGAAGGACCUUCCGUCCAUGAUGGCGCUCAUGAGGUACAACGACUUCACCAAGGACCCUCUGGCCAGGUGUGACUGCAACCCUCCGUACAGCGCCGAGAACGCCGUGUCUGCCCGCUCAGACCUGAACCUACCAAACGGCACCUACCCGUUUCCCGCGCUCAGCUUCCACGGCCACGCGGGCAUAGACGCUAAGGUGACCAGCUUCGAACUGUUCAGAAAGAUGUCCUUCUCCGCGGUGGGCGGCCCCACCUACACCGACGUGCCAGCCUUCCAGUGGAGCAACACCAACGUGAACAUGUCUCACUUUGGCAUGCCGGAUUUGUGGAAGUUCGAACCCAUCCUCUUUGGAAGUGAAUCGUUUCCAUGAUCUCAUUUAAAAAAUCACGAAUAAAAUAUGUAAAAUUAAAUUAAAAUUAUCUUGUUUGUGACAUUGUGUGAAACGUGUGUCGUUAUGGUCAAUAUAAGUUUCUGUGUGAUGUUCAGCUUUUGUUUAGAAUAGUUGUGAUAUUGGUUUUUUUUAAUAAUUCCGCUUCAUAUCUAAGCGUAGCAUUAUCAUACAUAAACUUAGUCAUGUAAUAAUGAUAUUGCAAUGGCAGUUACAGCUCACAACAUUUACCAAUCCACCCCCCUCCACCUCCUUCUCUCAAAUGUCUUGGAAGUUAAUUUUUGGGCCAUAAAUUUAGGAACAGUGACGUCAAAGAAAGAAUACUGACUUUCUGAAAGCUGCUCUCAAUAGUUUGUCUAUACAUGUAUAUCUAUAAUUGCUUUGUUGCUUUUAUGGAAAGGAUAAUAUGCUUUGUAAGAUAAAACUGUAACCUUGCUUGAUCUGGGCAGCCAUGUGCAAUAAAAACCUGCUGUUCUC